AUGGGAGGCGGCUGGUGGUGGGUUCGGGUCGCCCGCCUGGCCCGACUCCGUUUCCGGGGGACGCUGCUGCCGUCUCAGCGGCCCCGGAGCGGGGGCGCCCGGGCUUUCGCCCCUGGCCACGGCCCCCGCGCCGGGGCUUCGCCACCCCCAGUAUCCGAGCUAGAUCGCGCGGACGCUUGGCUCCUCCGGAAGGCGCACGAGACAGCCUUCCUCUCCUGGUUCCGAAAUGGUCUUCUGGCCUCUGGCAUUGGUGUCAUCUCCUUCAUGCAGAGUGACAUGGGUCGGGAAGCUGCUUAUGGCUUCUUCCUGCUGGGUGGUCUGUGCGUGGUUUGGGGCAGUGCCUCCUAUGCGGUGGGCCUGGCCUCUCUGCGAGGACCCAUGCAGCUUUCGCUGGGGGGUGCAGCUGCGGGCAUGGGGGCUGUGCUAGCCACCAGCCUGCUUUGGGCUUGUGCCGUGGGCCUCUACAUGGGCCAGCUGGAGCUGGAUGUGGAACUGGUACCUGAGGACGACGGGGCGGCCACUGCCGAAGGCCAGGAUGAAGCAGGCCGGCCACCACCUGAGUAAGCAGCAGGGCCGUGGGGACUGGCUAGGCGCCGCCAGGCCCAAGGACUGGGACAUUAAAACCUGAGCCUUC